UCUCCGUCUGCAAUCAGGAAGUGGAUUGGGAACGGAGGCGGCGUGGCUGCAGCAUGGGGGCACCGGGAGGGAAAGUCAACCGGCCGCGGACGGAGCUGAAGAAGAAACUCUUCAAAAGGCGCCGUGUUUUGAGCAAACAGAAGCGAAAGAAACACCAGAUUGUGGGUGCUGUGGUGGACGAGGGGCUCAUCACCAUCCAUCACCUGAAAAAACGCAGCUCCAGCACUCGAGCAAACAUCACCCUGUCGGGGAAGAAGAAAAGGAAACUGCUGAAGCAGCUCCGCCACAUUACGAACGAGAAGGCCGCCAUGCAGGUUGAUGCAUCUCCAGGUCCAAGUAAAACCACCCGGAGAAGGAAGGGGAAGAAAGAGAGGCAGGAAAGACUCCUGGCGGACCUAGAUGUGGAGAUGGUGGAAGAGGGGCUGGGCUCGGAGAGCUGAGAUGUCCCUUUGAAGUCUGUAAGCCCGUUUAUGUGGACCCUUUCUCCCGGCUGCUGCUGCUGGCAAGAAUCUGUAGCCUGGAAGCUGCCAGCCAGGAGGAUGUGGAACGCCCAGCACAGCACCAGAAAUUCCAGUGUAACUCAGUGCCUUUGCAGAGACGAGUUUUCCCACUGCUUUGUCUGCCUUGCUUCAAUGUUGCCUCUGUGCCCACUGCUGCCCCAAGCGGACCACAGCAUAGGAAGAGUUGCACCCCCGCCCCCCCAGCAGCCCAAGGGGUGUGGAGCUCCUACACCCAUGUAUCCCCAGUGGCUGCAUCGGCGCCUCCUUCUCUGCAGCCCACUGGGACUGGGUUGGCUGAGCAGGGACAAGAGAUGCACCAUGGGUAUCCUCCCCCACCCAAUGGCACCCCUGCUACUUUGGUAUAUCAAAGAACCCCUUAGGCAAUAAUCACGGCUUCAUCCAUCCUGUUGUCUUGGGGAAAGGGCUGUACAUUCUUGAUUCCUUGAAGCAGAAAGUCCUGGAAUUGUAGGGACCGGCCUAGUCCUUGGUACAAUGAGAGUACAUGAAACUGAAUUGCUUUGAAAGAAGGACCAAGGGGUUAAACUGACCUUGCCUCGAGAAAUUCUGGUAAGCAGAGGCUGCAGCCCUGUGGAGAUUGAUGCCUAGGACCAGGCUGCAAUGAGACUGAUAGAGUUUGCGGGGCGGGGGGAGCUUCCCAGCCUGACUCAGCCUGCAGUGGCUGUCCCUUAACCCAAUAAACUUAAAACCUGCCAGUUUUCAUACCUGCAGCUUGGAUGUCCUCAAGAUCCUGCAUGUUUCCCUAAUAAAAUGGCCGUGAUCCACA